GAAAUAAAGAUUUAUUUAUUUAUUAUAUAAUUAAUGUUUCAGUGUUGAGACGAUGGCUCGUGGCGUCGUUUGGUGGUGCGUGAUGGCUGCGUGCGCGUGGCGCGCGGCGGGGGAGUGGUACGACACCUUCACCGGCAACCAGAUCACGGAGGCCAGGGUGGCGGCGCUGCGGCUCAACAACCUCAUACCACUGUGCGCCGUAGAAGUGAAGAACUGUUCUUUGGAUGAGCCCCGUCGCUUCGACUACAGCUGCAACAACGUACACUACCCCUCUAGGGGGACUGUCAUGACCCCCUUCCACCGCCUGCUGCCCCCAGACUUCCCCAUGGACGGUGGACUACGAACCACAAAGGCUGGUAGACCACUGCCUAACGCGAGAGCGCUCCGCGUAGCCCUGGUACCAGAUGGAAGAAUACCGAACAAGCAGUAUUCACAGCUACUGACAAACUUUCUUGUGGCUAUUACAGGCGACACUUCCACCGUUCAUGACACGGGAAACUACAUUGGCUGGACGGUGACGUGCUGCAUGCCAGGUGGAGAGCAGGACCCCCGCUGCAUGCCCAUCAGGGUCCCUGAUGACGACGUGCAUCUAAGGAGGAGCAACGUUCGCUGUCUGAAUCUCACACGUUCUAUCACCUACCAGAGGCUGGGCUGCAUCCCUGACACAAUACCACCGGAGAGGGUUAGCCUAGCGACGCCCAUGCUAGAUCUAUCGGUGGUGUACGGGACCGAGGAAUCGAAAAUGACGUCUACGAGGGAGCGAUGGGGCGGAAGACUCACCGCCGAGAAGUUAAAGGGGAAGGAUUGGCCUCCGGGGAAUGGCAUUGGCUGUUUACAGAACAAUCUAAAUGAGACCAGGUGCCAUAACUCUGCUGAACUGAUCGUAAACUCCCUGGUUACUGGCAACAUGGCCUUUCUUUGGUUCUUCCGGCAGCACAACUAUUUGGCUGAGAAGCUCGGCAAAAUAAACCCCUGCUGGGACGACGACAAGCUCUUCGCUGUGGCCAGGGACAUCAACAUCGCCAUAUUCCAACAGAUUUUGUACUACGACCUUAUGCCAAACGUCGUUGAUUACAAUUUCCUGGUGAAAAACAACGUAAUAUUUUCCGAUCACGAGCACGUGGAUGACUACGACCUAAGUCUAGAGCCCCUGGUAAGCCUGGAGUAUACCGUCAUGGCCAGGUGGUUCCAUACUUUGCAAGAGGGAAGACUCAACUUAUACGAUAACCAUGGCAAGAUUUUGAGGACGCUGGCGGUGGUAGACAUGACACUGCACACGGGCGCCCUGCCCCUCAAUAACACCCUGGAGGGGCUUACGCAGGGCAGCUUCCGGCAGCCAUGCGCCAGCACCGACAAGGCCAUCGAUCCGGACAUGGGUGAGCGCGUUCUUGGCAGACUUCAGUUCGCUUCUGAUGUAAUGUCGUCGGAUAUCAUGAAGGCACGCGACAAUGGAUUGCCAUCUUACAACAAAUAUAGGGAACUGUGCAACCUGCCGGUGGCGCAUGACUUCGAAGACUUUUACAAAUGGCUGCCCAAGGAUCAAGCGGAGGCGUUCCAAAUGAUAUACGAGGAUGUGGAAGACGUGGAAGUGAUGGCAGGUCUGCUAGCGGAGCGGCCUAUGGGCGCGGGUGUGGUGGGCCCCACGCACGCCUGCAUCAUAGCGGACCAGAUGCUGCGCUGGCGGCGCGCCGACCGGUUCUGGUACGAGCACUCCGCGCACCCGGCCGCGCUCACACCAGAGCAAUUGAAGGAGAUACGUAAAAUGACCAUAGCUAAGGUGCUGUGUGACCACGGAGACAGCGUGGAUGCUGUGCAACCUAAUGCAUUCCAAGUGCCACGUCCGGGUAACGAGAUCAUCCCCUGCUCGGAAUACCCGGACAUGGACAUGGCUGCGUGGCGAGACGUUUCCUGCACAAACAAACGGGGCAAAUAAUAACUUUAAGCACGAUUAAUAAAA